GCACCCCGGAAACCUAGAUCCACCCAGGACGCUUUUCUCACCCCACGGAGCCCGCGAAGCAGGAACUUCCAUGCAUUGGAGACCAUGGAUAAAUAUGAUGUGAUUAAGGCCAUUGGGGAAGGUGCCUUUGGGAAAGCAUACUUGGCCAAAGGGAAAUCAGAUAGCAAACACUGUGUUAUAAAAGAGAUCAACUUUGCAAAGAUGCCCAUCCAAGAAAAAGAAGCUUCAAAGAAAGAAGUCAUUCUUCUGGCAAAGAUGAAACACCCUAACAUUGUAACCUUCUUCAGUUCAUUUCAAGAGAACAACAGGCUGUUCAUUGUGAUGGAGUAUUGUGAUGGAGGGGAUCUCAUGAAAAGAAUCAAUAGACAACGGGGAGUGUUAUUUAGUGAAGAUCAGAUUCUGAGUUGGUUUGUGCAGAUUUCUCUGGGAUUAAAACAUAUUCAUGACAGGAAGAUCUUACACAGGGACAUAAAAGCCCAGAAUAUUUUUCUUAGCAAGAACGGAAUGGUUGCAAAGCUUGGGGACUUUGGUAUAGCAAAAGUUCUGAACAAUUCCAUGGAACUUGCUCAAACUUGUAUUGGAACACCUUACUACCUGUCUCCAGAGAUCUGUCAGAAUAAGCCCUACAACAAUAAAACGGAUAUUUGGUCUCUUGGCUGUGUCUUAUACGAGCUCUGCACACUCAAGCAUCCUUUUGAGGGUAACAACCUACAUCAGCUGGUUCUAAAGAUUUGUCAAGCACAUUUUGUCCCAGUAUCUCCAAGGUUUUCCCGUGACCUACGGUCCUUGAUAUCUCAGCUCUUUCAAGUAUCUCCCCGAGAUCGGCCAUCUAUUAAUUCCAUUUUGAAAAAGCCCUUUUUAGAGAAUCUUAUUGCCAAGUACAUGACUCCUGAGGCCAUUCAGGAAGAAUUUAAUCACAACCUCAUAUGUGGAGCAAGAUCGUCAGUUUCUCAACCUGCUGGGAAGGCAGUCCAAGAUUCUGAAAUACAGAAAGUGAAAUUCCAGGGGAAGUGCCUCCCAAGAUCAAGGAUAUCAGUGCCAAUUAAAAGGAAGGAUUUAGUAUAUAGAAAUGAAUGGAAACCACCAGUUGGAGCUCAGAAGCCCACAUCUAUAAAAAUGAUAGAAAGGCCCAAACCUGCUGUGGUGUGUGGCCAUUAUGAUUAUUACCAUGCUCAACUUGACAUGUUGAGGAAGCGAGCCCACAAACCAAGUUACCAUUGUGUUCCUCAAAAAGAUACUGAAGUUGAGGAGGAUUACAGUCAGGAAGAAAGCCACAGUGCAUCACCAGGUCAAUGGCCUGCUGAAUACCUUCAGAGGAAAUUUGAAGCUCAACAAUAUAAGUUGAAAGUGGAAAAGCAAUUGGGUCUUCGUCCAUCUUCUGCUGAGCCAAAUCACAACAGAAGACAAGAGGUGAGAAGUAAUGGAGAAGAGCCCAGACUCCAGGAGCGGCUGUUCAAGAGAAACAAAAUGAAGGAACAGAAAUAUUGGAAGCAGUUAGAGGAAAUACGCCUACAGUACCACAGUGAUAUGAAGGAAAUUAGAAAGAAGAUGGGGAGUGAGCCAGAGGAGGACUUAAAAAUAAGUCAUAAAACUUAUCUGGUGAAGAAGAGUAACCUGCCCGCCCACCAAGAGGCACCUGAGGAAGAAGCGCCUGUGCAGGAUAUUGAAAGAGCCUUGAAACAAAUUAGACUUCAGAACAUAAAAGAAAGUAAAAUUCCAGAACAAAAAUGUAAAGCUAAGAGAGGGGUAAAGUUUGAAAUUAAUUUAGACAAAUGUAUUUCUGAUGAAAAUGCCUUCAAAGAGGAAGAGGCCACGGAUAUACUAAAUGAAACUUUGACCUUUGAGGACGGCAUGAAGUUUCAGGAAAAUAAAUGUGUAAAGGAGUGUAAGGAUUAUACAGAUGAAGCAUUUGAAAAACUCUGUUGCUCAGAAGCAGAGUUCUUCAUUCAGGAUGCUGCUGCUGCUGCAGAAAACAGGAAACAGUGGGAUGCGGGACCGCCUCAGACUCUGCUGCAGAUGAUGGCAGAGGCCGAUGUCACCUCCAUCUGUUCCACGAGGCCUGAGGAUGGCCAAGUGAUGGUGAUCAAAGGCGUUCCAGAAAAUAGGAAACGGUGGCGGCAUGAAGCUCCAGGGACUUUAAUGAGUGUGUUGGCAGCCACACAUCUAACACGUAGCUCAUUUUCUGGCAAAGAAGAAUUUGUGGCAACAUUGAAACAAUGGCAUCCUAAAGAAGAUGAGGGGAAGGUGGGAAUGGCCUCUGGCAUUGAGGUGGAUGAGGAACAACUAGAACCAAGAUCUGAUGAUGAUGAUACAAAUUUUGAAGAAUCUGAAGAUGAGUUAAGAAACGAAGUGGUGGAAUCCCUGGAAAAACUCACUACUUCCAGAGAGGAGGAGAAAAGAGAAGAGGCUUCCGGUUCCUCUAAAGACACUGAAACGUUAGAAGAAAGCAGAUAAAACGCAGAAAUAUACAGAGUUAAAUGAAGGUGGGCCCAAUGGAAUCACGAGUCUUUAAAAGUGGAAGAGGGAGGCAGAAGAAUCAGAGAGAUGACAGUGUGAGAAGGAGCUCGCCUGAUGCUUCCGACUUUGAAGAUGAAGGGAAGAGCCAAAACCCAAGGAAUGCUGGUACCCUCUAGAAGCUGGGAAAGGCGAGGGAAAGUAUUUCCCUCCAGAGCCCUGCUGACACCUCGGUUUAGCCUAGUGAAAUCCAUUUUAGACUUCUGACCUACAGAACUCCAA